AUGUUGCAAUACUACUCUUCAUUGUUUUCAGUGAUAGAUGAUGGAAGUGAAAUACUGCAUAUGUACAGAUUAACACAACAAUUUAUCGUUGAUGCAUUUUUAAGAAUUGAAACCAACAACUUGAAUUAUAUAAAAUCUCACCAACCAAAGUUGAAGAGUGAAUUGUAUUGUGAAUUACAAGACCAAAUGAAUGAUGGCAAUAACAACAAAGAGGCCAAAGGCAAACGGGUAAUUCUUCCUUCAACUUUUCCAAAUUCUCCAAGAAAUAUGCACCAAAAAUGUGCUGAUGCGAUGUCUAUUUUUUUCACACUUUGGACUUCCUUAUCUUUUCAUUAA